AUGGUCAUCUGUUAUAUUGAUGAUUGCAUCUUUUUUGCUCCCUCGGAGGAGGAGCUAAUUAGCAAUGUGCGUGAUUUAGCUUCUUUCAUUGGCCUCGCUGUGGCUGCCGAGCCAGCUGUUGACCUGGCCCCCGUUCGUUACAAGUACCUUGAGAUCAUUAGGAACAGGGAGCUUGCCCGGCACCAAGGGGAUUAUGCAGCUAGAGUUUCUUUGGAUGAGCAUGCUAAGGAAUUAGUUCUUUGGUGGGAUAAUAAUGUUCCCUUGCAAUCUAAAUCACUGCGUUCUUCUUCCCCUGACCUUGAAUUGUUUGCCGAUGCUUGUCUGACAGGUUGGGGUGCCAUUGUCGGAUCCGUGGCGUCGGGCGGCUCUUGGGCUCACGCGGAGUUAGACCACAUCAAUUGCCUAGAAUUGCGAGCUAUAUUACUUGGUCUCCAGUCACUAUGUAAGAAUGUCAGUAAUGCCCACAUCCGCCUUCGUUCAGAUAACACCGUGGCUGUCGCGUGCCUGAAUCGCAGUGGGAGCACGAAGAUCCGUCUUAACUUUUUGAUAGAGGAGAUCUAUGCUUGGGCCGGGUCUCGGGGCCUUACCUUGUCUGCAGCUCAUGUAAAGGGUACCCAGAAUGUGGAGGCAGAUUCUUUGUCUAGGUUAAAGAAUUUAGACACCGAAUGGAUGUUGGACCCCCUUGUCUUUCGAAGGUUAUGUGACAUGUUUUAUGUUCCCGAUAUUGACCUGUUUGCGUCGCGCUUAAAUGCCCAGGUGGCUACCUAUGUUUCUUGGAAACCUGACCCUGCAGCUACUUUUGUUGAUGCUUUUUCAAUUAAUUGGGCAGACAGGACUUCAUAUGCCUUUCCUCCUUUCAGUCUCAUUGCCAGAGUGCUGCGGAAACUCCAGGAGGACCGGGCUUCCUUGAUCGCGAUUCUACCUCUUUGGCCGUCACAAGCAUGGUUCCCAGGGCCCUUCAGUUUCUUGUUCAGCCACCAGUCCUCCUCCCUCGCCUCCCUGUGUCAUUACCGCAGAACCCUGCUUACAUCCACCCGCGGGCCCGGUCUCUGGUGUUGA